AUGUACGACUGUGAAAAUGAUGAUCGAGCUCUCAACAUGAUUCCUGUCCUCUCCGUUCCGGCCGAGAUAUGGAUAGACAUCGCGGGCCACCUUGGCUGGAAUUGUCAGUUCGAGCAGAGCUGCGGGUGUAAGAGGGAGCAUGUCUACGAGCCUGGUCAGCAAACCGGUCUCAGGAAUCUAUGCUUGGCGUCGCGAACAUUCAGGGCAAUCUUCCAACCCUUUCUCUAUCACCAACUCAAUGUCAAAUUGAUGUUUUCGCUCAGUAACAGCAAGACAUUCAGUGUUGGCGCUUGCAACAGGAUCAAGAACCUUGUCCGGACUCUUUCAAAACGUCCUGAUCUUGCAGAACACGUGAAGAUCCUGACCUUUUGUGCACAAUCGCACAACAUUGUUGCAACAAGUCAGGCGUUGCAUAUGGCAGGGCCGUUUCCGCCGCUACCCAACCUUGCCCACCUACGAUGGCCUUCGGAUCUGGAAUUGAACCCUGGCAAGAUAUUUGCCAAUCAGCAGUGGGGAAAGCUCGAGAGCCUCCAUGUAGGCAACACAUGCGACCGCGACGGCUGGAAUGCGAAGCCUCGAUCAGGAGUCUUCGAGGAUCUGGGAGAAUUGUACGCGAAGAGCUCGACGAUUUCUGCGCUCACGUUCAGGCAACACUUUGGAGUCAGGCUCGACGAACCCGGAACUUUGCGGCUGCGCAACGUAACCAAGGCUCACAUGAUCGAUCCCAUGAUCACCGCAGUUGAGUUGAAACACGUCUUGAAGGGACUGGUCUCCCUUCAGAACUUUCGAUGGACUUGUACGGGCGAAAUGAUCGACUGCGAUGCUUGGCGUGCCUACCGUGGUCGAGGGCAAGCUGUUCUCCCGUCUGUACAUCACCACGAUCAUCAAAUUUAUGGCGUGAAUGCAAAUCACUACUGGCCGUACGUGAGCGACCUACUCGAAGCGUUGAGUCCGCACUGCAACAGGCUAGAGAUGCUCGAUAUCAAUGCCCCACAGUUCUAUAUUGCGCCACAACACAUUUCCCACGGCGAGGGCACCUUUUCCAAAUUCGCCUGCACCUCUCUAAAGCAGUUCAAAAGCCUCCGAAGCCUCAAGAUCGGCAUUACGUCAAUCUACCCCUGCGUGCUGCGCCAUUUCUCUGCCACAAGGCAUCUGCCAGAGAUGUGGCAGCCCUAUAUGCAUCGAGACGGUUUGAGCAGCGGCAAAGACGUGAGCAUAUACGCCACCAGCCUGUACGCCGACGGGCUUCCUCCUCUUCUCGAGGAGCUGACCGUCUCGGAGUACGAAGUGGUCCCAGUAUCCGCGAUGGUAGGCGAGGACCUGCACAGGCUUGCGUCGGCAAAGAAGCAGCACCUCCCGAAUCUUCGCAGAGUCGCCGUUUCGCUCGUCGGCUCACUGCGCACCAUCCCAGGCGACGUCUUUGGCGCCAAGCAAGCUUUGGCAGAGUUGGGUGUUGAGCUGACUGUGAACACGCUAAGUCCCACGUUGCGGGAGUUUCGGUCAGGAAAUGAGGACGGGGAUAGGAUUCCUGAUGAAUUUACAUGGGCCAACUACCAAGCAGCGCAUUUGAUUCUAAACAAGGACGAAACUGUCAGCAGCGUUCGCGAUAUGCUUCGGGAUAUAAGAGCUUAUGAGCCCGAGGCGGGUCGAGCAGCGGAGAUCUACUUGCAGACACAAAUGGCCAACGAGAUUGUCUGGGAUGAGAAUUGA